AUGGAUGUGAGUCUGGGGGAGAUGUCCCUCCACAGCCACCCCGAGCUGGCCCACAGCCAGGACGGCCGGGCCAUGCUCCACACCAGGGACCUCUCGGCCGCCUUCCCCCGGCCCACCCUUGGGGGCCCCUCCAUGUCCCUGGAGCCCGAGCACCGGCCCCCGGGAUUUGACCACUCCAUGUCAGCCCUCGGCUACGGCGGCGACGCGCCCUCCAGCUGCGGCAGCACCUACACCACCCUGACGCCGCUGCAGCCCUUCGACGACAAGUUCCACCACCACCACCACCACCACCACCCCUGCCUGCCCGUCAGCAACGUGAUCGGCAGCUUCACCCUGAUGCGGGAGGACCGCGGCCUGCCCGGGAACUUCUACAACCCCUACGCCAAGGAGCUGGCGGUGGCCCAGAGCCUCAGCCCGCCCUCGGCCGCGGGGGGCUCCUCCGCCAUGCACGGCUACGGCGGCUUGGGCGCCAGCCCCCCCGCCAACCCCAACGCCGGCCAGAUGCUGCACGGCGGCUACGAGGUGCACGCCGGCAACCUGUUCUGCCGGACCCCCGACUUCGGCCGCGACAUGUCCCCGCCGGGCCUGGGCGUAGGCGGCGGGGGCGGGGGCGGGGGCGGGGGCGACGGCUCGCUGGUGGGUCACCAGCUCAACAAGAUGGACGCCCACCAGCACGCGCCCAGCCACCACCCCCACCUCUACAACCAGCACUACCAGCACCACCCACACCACCCCCACCACCCCCACCACCCACACCACCCCAGCCAGCAGAACGCCAAGAUCCUCGGGGAGCACCCGCUGGCCUCCGCCUCGCCCGCCCUGUCCCUGUCCCCCCCGGGCGAGGGGAUGCACGGCGGCGGCGGCAACAACAACGGCGGCGGCGGCCUGGGUGGAGUAGGAGGCGGAGGAGUGGGCGGGGAGGAGAUUAACACCAGGGACGUGGCCCAGCGCAUCAUCACGGAGCUGAAGCGCUACAGCAUCCCCCAGGCCAUCUUUGCUGAGCGGGUGCUCUGCCGGUCGCAGGGCACCCUGUCCGACCUGCUGAGGAACCCCAAGCCCUGGGGGAAGCUCAAGUCGGGCCGGGAGACCUUCAAGAGGAUGUCCCGCUGGCUGCAGGAGCCCGAGUUCCAGAGGAUGGCCUCGCUCCGGCUUGAGGCAUGCAAGCGGAAGGAGCAGGAGCAGAGCAAGCUGGAGCGGAACCAGGGGCCCAAGCGCACCCGGCUGGUGUUCACUGACCUCCAGAGACGCACGCUGCUGGCCAUCUUCAGGGAGAACCACCGGCCGGCCAAGGACCUGCAGAUCACCAUCUCCCAGCAGCUGGGCCUGGAGCUGUCCACCGUCAGCAACUUCUUCAUGAACGCCCGGCGCCGCAACCUCAACAAGUGGGCCGACGAGGGCCGCCCGUCCUCCACGGGCUCCUCCGGCUCCAGCGUCUCCUCCUCCGCCGUGUCCUGCAGCACCGCCUGA